AUACGACACAUCGUGGAUCAGAUCUUUGUGGUCUGCAGCAAUACUACGCGCGACAAACAUGUUCUCAACUACAACAAACCAGCCAGCUACCAGCUAGCUAGUCAUGUGUCCACUGUAUGUGUGGGGGUGCUUGGCGGGUCUGCGCCUGCGCAGUGAGUGUGUCCGCGAGUGGUGGCCACAGAGUGGCGCAAGAUUGUAAGUCAACGAUUUAAAGAGGUCGAGAUAAACACACAACUGGCAACCCUAGUCCGUCAACGUGCAGUACUGUGCAGGAGCAGCAGACUUCCCGCAGGGAUUCCCAGGUUCACACAGACUGCUGUUUAGAUGGCUCAUAGAAAGGAGUAACUCAGAGGACUGAGCUCAAACACUCUGUGAUCAUCCAGCGAGUGUCUCGGGGCACUUUGUGCGACACCAUGGAGCAGGAAUUUGAAGACAUUGAUUCGUCCGGGGGAUGGCAGAACCUUUACAAUGAGAUUCGCAACCAAGCCGGUGAAUACCCCUACAAAGUGGCGAAACUCCCAGUGAAUCGAAAUUUGAACCGCUAUAGAGAUGUCAGCCCAUAUGACCACAGUCGUGUGAAACUUGAAAACUCUGAAAAUGACUACAUCAAUGCAAGUUCGGUGAUGGUGGAGGAAGCCCAAAGAGCUUACAUUCUCUCUCAGGGGCCUUUGAGGAACACCUGCGGUCACUUCUGGCUGAUGAUUUGGGAGCAGUGUUGCAAAGCCGUUAUAAUGCUGAACAGAGUCAUUGAAAAGGGAUCUGAAAAGUGUGCUCAGUACUGGCCCACCACAGAGGAGCUACAGAUGUCAUUCACAGACACAGGGUUUGUUGUCAGGCUACUUUCUGAGGAGGACCAAUCCUAUUACACAAUCCGAAUCCUAGAACUGCAAAACACAAUGACGAAGGAGUCCCGGGAGAUCUAUCACUUUCACUACACCACGUGGCCUGACUUUGGCGUCCCAGAAUCUCCCGCCUCUUUUCUAAAAUUCCUCCUAAAGGUUCGGGAGUCCGGCUCGUUGGGCCCAGAACACGGGCCCUCUGUGGUGCACUGCAGCGCUGGGAUUGGGCGCUCUGGGACCUUCGCACUGGUUGACACCUGUCUAAUCCUGAUGGACAGGAGGAAAAAACCAUCAUCUGUGGACAUUCAAAAGGUGCUAUUAGACAUGAGGGAAUACCGCAUGGGUCUGAUUCAGACCCCCGACCAGCUCCGCUUCUCCUACAUGGCUGUCAUCGAGGGAGCCAAGCUCAUCUUGACAGACAACUCAGAAGCACAGCAGAACAAGCAGAUAGUGAUGUCCAGAGAUGACUCGGAGCCAGAUCUGCCCCCUCCACCUCCUCCUCCUCCCAGACCUCACUUCAACGACAGCAGGCCCAACGGUCAGCCAGGUUCCUGUCUGGAGCCAGAAGCUGACUCAGGGGACCACCUGCCUGCAGAGACGCUGGACAGCCAAGACAGCCAAGACCACAGCUUUGCAGAGAACUCUGGGAACGUCAGGAAACGGCACCGUGAGGAGAGGAUUGCCAGCACCACACAGAAGGUCCAGCAGAUGAAACAGAGACUGACCGACUCAGAGAGGAAACGAGAGAAUUGGCUGUACUGGAGGCCCAUCCUUCUCAAUGUGGGUGCAGGGGCAGCUUUGGCAGUGGGCCUGCUGAUGUGCUGGAUGUACUCCCAGUGAAACAUUUGGAGUCACUUAUUACUGACUCCUUUUUUUGCACCAGUACCUGGGAUUAGGUACUUCUUUAGGUAGAUUUAGAUUGUAAUAUGUGCAUAACUGAGGGUAUUUAUUUCUUAAGGUCAAAAUGCGGGAGCGCUAGAUCAAAUGAUUGUGUGUGUGUAUAUUUUCGAUGUAAGAUCUUAACAAAUAUAGUCACAUCUCAGGAUCUUGGUGCCAGCACGAUGAUUUCAUUUCCUUUCCUUCUUGUCAGUGUCGAUGAAUGUACUGUAUCAUAGCAAAUUGCUUUGAAAGAAACGUACUCCAGUUGCAGUACAAAGCAAAAAAAUAUAUAUUCUAACAGGUU